AUGAAUCGAGGUUUACGAUUGCUCCAGCGCCAGUUUGGUCCGUCUUGCUCAGUAACUCAUUCCAAUCGGUCAUUCAUCACACCCAGUAUCUUUUUUCGACAAUAUCUCCAAAGGGGCUUCCAUCAAAGUACCGCCAAGAUGUCCAACUUCGACAAGUUCAAUGGCAAUACGAAGAACAGCCCACCCAAAAAUGAGAUGGUUUAUCUACCGGGCGUGAUGUCGCCCGAUCGCAAGUUCGGCGUGUUCCGCAAGGUCCUCCAUACCGGAUUGUACUCCCAAUUCGUCGCGAUGGAGGUACCAGUGGAUGGGGAAAUCGGUGACGAGAUUCAUACCGUCGAUCAAACUCUCAUCUUCACCCAUGGCAAGGGAAAGGCUAUCGUCGCUGGGAAGGAGCAGGAGAUCAAGGAGGGCGACGUGGUCAUCGUUCCUGCCGGUACCCAGCACCAGUUCCUCAAUAUCGGUAACGUUCCCUUGGAAGUGGUGACAAUCUAUGCCCCCGCCGAGCAUGCCCCACACAGCGUGCACCAGACCAAAGCCGAGGGCGAUGAACAAGAAGACAAAGGCGAGGACGAGGCACCGGAUUGGAGUCGGAGAAGCAAGGCAGAGAACGAGAGGCUAGGGCUUGUAAAGUUGCCAUGA